CCCUUUGAGUAUUCGGUUUUUAGCUACUCUCUGCUCACCCUCACCCUGUCAGUGAUUGUCAAUGUCCGUCUCCCCUUCUCCUCCGAGUGAGGAUCAGAUAUCAAAGGAGUGGCCCCUCCACUGGUUAGUGUGGAAUAACGAGCAUAAAGGCCUUCACAGACUACUCGAGCAAAAACUGUAUGACAAGGAGCAGGUUGAUCCGAGGGGUCGUACUCCAUUACAUUUGUCAGUAUCACUGAACCACAGAGACUGUACGGAGGUCCUUCUCUAUCACGGAGCUAAUGCAUUAGCCACUAACAGGCACCAUUGGUCAGUGUUGCAUGAGGCAAUAUGUACUGGCAAUUCAGAACUGGUGGGUAUGGUCCUGGCACUGAGGGACAGACAAGAAUCAAACGACAGAGCCAAAGUAAUCCCUCACCUACUGGAGAAACUGGAGGCCUCAGCUGAUUUUUAUAUCGAAAUGAAGUGGGAAUUCACCUCCUGGAUUCCGUUGUUGUCCAGAAUGUGUCCCAGUGAUACUUACAAGAUAUGGAAGAAAGGUACCAAGGUACGGGUUGAUACCAGUUUGGUUGGUUUCCAAGGAAUGAAGUGGUUGAGGGGAAACAGGUCCAUCAUAUUUGAAGUCUCAGCUAAAGGAGCUGUAUUCUCUGAGAUUGAUCAUGAGGAGCUGUCGAUAUGGGAACAACCUUUUGUGAUGGAUGAUCGCCAGUUGAAUCCUGUUCAACAAAUGCUGAGUCAUGAGCUAUCAGUAUAUCGGAGACUAAAGGCCCCAGUAGUAUCAACAGUCUUUAUGUCUCAGAAUGUUUCCUUUGAAAGACAGAAGUCUGGUAUUUGGGGCUUUAGGAGUGAUAGAACUGAAGUUGUUAAUGGUUAUAAAGCUAAGGUUUUUUCGGCUAGUGGUUUGGAUAUUGUAACUAGAACAAGAGUUGAUCAUUUGCCGGAAGAAGAGAAAGAAAAACAAAAAAAUGCUUCGGCCAGUCCAUUGCAAGAUUUCCUUGGCAUGACACAAGAGGAGGAGGGAAUAGAAGGGAGUUUACCGUCAGCUGGUGGGCUACUGUCAGGGGGUGGGGCUACUACUGAAGAAACCACACCCACUUUGAGUCUAACGGAAUACUUUACACCUCCAGGGGACCCAAAGAAAUAUGAUGCCAUAGGGUCGAAGGCUACAGUCUACAGCCGGUUGCAAGGUUUAAGAGCUAACGUGUGGCUCUCUGAAGAAUAUCCAUUAUCACUUCAGGACCAAAUACUACCAAUAAUUGAACUGAUGUCGUUGAAUAACGCUCACUUUGCAAAACUGAAGGACUUCAUUACAUUACAAAUGCCAGCUGGCUAUCCUGUGAAGUUUGAAAUUCCGUUAUUUCAUGUGAUGUCUGCUCGUGUUACAUUUGGUAACAUUAAUGGUCACACCCAGCCAGUGCCUCAUGUGUCACUAAAGACUGAAGAAGUGUUUGGAAGUGAAUCAACUCAAGCAAUAAGAACAACCUUUCAUGAGGGUACCUCCAGUGUCAAGAGACGUCACACUAGCUCUGAAUCAGAACCAACUGAUUGCACUAGUGUUGUAGCCACACCCACCACACGAGAGACUAAGGAAGUUUGUAUCAUCAGUAAAGAGGCAUUCACUAGACCAGCUGGAUACAGAGUAAGAGGAGGAGGGGGAGGGGAGAGUGAGAGAGGACUAGAGGAACAAGAAGAAGAAAUAUUACAAUUGGCAAUAAAACAAAGUUUAAUAGAACAAGGACUACCACCAGCUGAUGAAACACAAACAUUAACUCUUAGUGAAGCACUAGUUGAUGAAUCUGUUUCUAAUUUUGGGUCAGCACGGCACCAUGAGGAACAGCAGAGGUAUACUCAAUCAACUGACACUGAUUUAGAACUGGCUCUGGCCUUGAGUCAAAUACAAGCAAGCUCUGAGACCAGAAUUAGGAACGAAGAAGAUGAAGAAUUAGAACGAGUUUUGAAAUUAUCACUGCAUGAUAAAUAAUUUAGUAACAAUAAUAACAAUAAUAAUAAUAAUAAUAAUAAUAAUAAUAAUAAUAAUAAUAAUAACAAUAAUCAUAGUUUUGUUGUUUUUAUUUUACAAUAAUGUCAAAAUGUCUUUCUCAUAUUCUAAAAA